CCGCUCUGCCUGCCGGCCGCCCUGCCGACCGACCGAUCGAUCGACGGCGUUGUUUCUCUCUGACCAGGUUGCUUUUCUUUUGAGUGUUAUCAUGAAUAAACACUAAUUAAUCCUCUUCAUCUUGAUUUCGAAUCCCCGAACCUGAAUAAACAACCCUAGUCCUCCUCAGCGUUCAGACUGAAGAGUGUUUGUUACUGCUUCUGAUUUCGCGAUGAACUUGUCUUCCCUCUCUCGUAUGCUGUUUCUGCGUUCUCAGCGUGCUGCUCAUCAGAAGCUCUUCAGUUACCGCUCCUUUAGCUCGGCUCAAGUCAACAGGACAGACUCAACACCUUAUCAAGACAGAAACGAGUCUUUGUACCGGAGAAUCUCUCCAAUUGGAGACUCUUCCGCUUCCAUCACUCCCGUUCUUGAGCAAUGGGUCCAAGAAGGAAGGGACGUCGACGAACAUGCUCUUCGACGCAUUAUCAAAGAGCUAACCAGAUACGGACGUUAUAAGCACGCCCUUGAGCUAUCUCACUGGAUGAGCGACAGAAGAUACUUCCCCCUCUCACAUGUUGAUAUUGGCGGACGAUUGAAACUAAUCUACAGGGUUUCCGGCCUAGAACAAGCCGAAACUUAUUUCAAUAACAUUCCAAUCCAACUUAGAGGCUGGGUCGUUCUCAUGGACAUGCUCUACUGCUAUUCCGAGGCUAAACAAAUCACCAAGGCUGAGCUCCUCAUGCCACUCCUACAUCAAAAUAACAAAUUUCAUAAACCUUCACCCUACAAUAUAAUCAUGGAUCUCUAUUCCAAGAUGGCCAGUUGGGACAAACUCAAAGCUUGCCUCUUAAAAAUGGAACAAGAUGGCAUCAAGUGGGACAAGUAUACAGCAGGGAUCCAGUUGGGUGCAUAUAUCCAGGCAUCCGAUGUUGAUGGGAUCGAACAUCUCAUGAACAAGAUAGAGUCCCAUCCAGAUAUUGUUCCUGAUUUCGCCACUUAUUCCUUGGCAGCUCGAGGAUUCAUAAAACUAGGGCGUCUGGAGAAGGGUUUGGAAUUAACAAAAAGAAUCGAGGGUCUGGUGCGAAAAACUAAAAAAAGAACCGAAGCGUUUCAUGAACUCCUCGGUCUAUAUUCUUCUGCAGGGGAAAGAGAUCACGUGUACAGAAUAUGGAACUGGUAUAAGACCUCGGAGACAGUUUACAAUCGAGGAUAUAUCCGCAUGAUGGAUUCAUUAAUGAAGAUGGAUGACGUUGAAGGUGCUGAGAAAAUUUUCGAGGAAUGGGAAUCUUCCAAGGAAUUGACUUAUGAUUUCAGGAUUCCUAACAUUUUAAUUCGUAGUUAUUGCAAGAAAGGUCUUUUUGACAAGGCCGAAUCUUUAAUAGCAAAAGGAAUUGAAAGUCAGGGUAAUCCAACUUUUACCACAUGGUAUUCUCUGGCGGAUGCAUAUCUUCAAGUUGAUAGAGUUUCAAAAGCAGCGGAUGCAUUGAAGGAAGCGAUUGCGCUUCAUAACAGCUCUCAUCUGAGCAAGGAUACGCUGUCGACGUGUCUAGAGUAUUUGGAAGGACGGGGAGAUAUGAGCAAAGCAGAUUCGUUCAUGGAAACUCUGAAAAAUGAGGAAAUUUUUUCCACAGUUGUCCGUGAAAGGAUGCUUGAUUAUAUUGGUCGCAAAUUUUCAAAUGAAGCCUGACAUUAUUGUUAUAGUGUACGUAGAUGUUUUUUUGGCUUAAUUUGAUUAAAAAAAUUCAGGUGAAUGUUCGAGCAGUCUCAAUUAAGAAGGGGUUUCAAGUGAAUUAAGCAUUUGAGUUUUUGAAUGAAAGAAAGCUGAAGGGGAAGCAUCAUUGAAGACAGAUUUCCAGACAUUAGGUCAAGAAGGCAAGUGACUACUACUAAGUGGAGCCUGAAAUCCUUUUAACUAAUUGAGAAAGGAAUAGUUUUGGACUAAUCCAACUGUUUUGUAGUUUUCCCUUAAAAGUAUUGUUAUUUGAUAAUCAUCACUUUUGAUAUUUUUGUAGUAAUAAAUAAAGCAACAGUCAUGAGAAUUAUUUAAAAGUGUCACAGCUCAGCAUAUUCCUAUU